AUGCGUGCUCGCUUGCACAGAAAUGCUACGAUCGGCGUGCAGCUGAUCAGGCCUGCCCGCUUAUGUCUCCUGGUGCGGAAGAUGCUUGAGCUCUGCGUCUCGUGUUGCCCGUGUGGCGUGGGUCAGCAAUUCUCGGGAUUGCUUGCGCUUCGCUCACCAGCGCGUGCAUCACUUCUGUAUGUGCUUAUUUGUGGUGGGCAGCCAACUCUGUGA